GUUUUGUCUCGUGAAAAUACUGUUUGAAAUUAGUUGUAGUGAUCCUAUUUAGUUGUUUCUGGUGUUAAAUUACAUGUGUACCGCGAACUGUGCGUGUGAUCAGUUGAUUAGUGUUGCCCAAGGAAGUUUGUUUCCAAAGGUCGUACCUAUACAUGGUUACGAUACCAUAUAUUGAUAUUUUUGCAUUGAAAUACUUAUCCAGUGCUUUGUUUUACUAGUGAUCGAGUUACUUCAGAUUGUCAGUGAAAGAAGUUGAUGAGUGCCUAAAGUUAUCUGUGAUCAGCAGUGAAACAGUCGGUGUGCGAUGAUAUUAUGUAGACGAGUUACGGACCACAACGCGCCAGAUUUUGUCAAGUGAAUACUGCUCGACCCCUGGCUAAACGAUGGCACACUACCCCCAACCCGCGUCCUUAGAGGCGGCGCUCCCGCUAACAACGCGACCAGACCUCCGCCUCCGCCAACAGUUGGGCGAACAACUGACGGCGCUGGUGCGUCGCGAGCCAGAGAUCACGAGCGACGUGUCCGCGCAGCUCAUAGACUCUAUGGUCGCGUGGCUCAAUGGCGGGAACUUUAAGGUAGCACAAAAUGCGCUCGAGGUGCUGACGGCGCUCGCUGAGCGUAUGGGACCGGAGUUCUCACACUACGUGCCUACUGUACUGCCGCAUAUUAUUGACAGACUAGCGGACACGAAGGAGGCGGUCCGGCACACCGCGCGGACGUGCGUGGCGUCGCUGGCGCGGUCGCGCGCGGUGCAGGCGCGGGCGCUGCUGGCGCGGCUGGCGCCCGCGCUGCAGCACAAGGCGCCCCACGCCCGGGAGGAGGCGCUGCGCUGCGUGCAGGCGCUGCUCGACCAGUGAGUACAUCAGUGUAGA